CGCAAGUGGUCCCCGUUCUGUGGUUCCUGACCGUCCCGCCCCACGUUUCAGGGCAACGACCAGAUCCGGUUUGAGCUCACAUGCUACUCGCUGGCCCCCCAGAUGAAGGUCAUCGCUCCUUGGAGGAUGCCCGAGUUCUACAACCGGUUCCAGGGCCGCAACGAUCUGAUGGAGUACGCGAAGCAACAUGGAAUUCCCGUCCCAGUCACCCCCAAGAGCCCGUGGAGCAUGGACGAGAACCUGAUGCACAUCAGCUACGAGGCUGGAAUCCUGGAGAACCCCAAGAACCAAGCGCCUCCAGGCCUCUACACAAAGACCCAGGACCCGGCCAAAGCCCCCAACAGCCCAGACAUCCUUGAGAUCGAGUUCAAGAAAGGGGUCCCUGUGAAGGUGGCCAACGUCGGGGAUGGCACCACCCACAGCACGGCCUUGGAGCUCUUCCUGUACCUGAAUGAAGUCGCGGGCAAGCACGGUGUGGGCCGCAUCGACAUCGUGGAGAACCGCUUCAUCGGGAUGAAGUCCCGGGGUAAGUCUGCUCGCCACCCUCAGGGCCGUGCCUCGGCUCCUAGCGGGCCCUAA